ACUUAAAUUUAAUUAGAAAUGAAACAAGUUUGGUGAAAACACAACUACACAACUACCCAAAGACACAUUUGCGUUUCUUUUUCUUUUCGUUCAUUGAAAACACAAAAAAAGAGAAGUUAAGCAAUUUUAUUAAAUAAUGCCCUAUACUGAGAAGGAAAAGAAAAAAGUUCUUGAGAGGGAAAGACAAGAACGGCAGGAAAGGCCAUUGCGAGUUUUGUUCACAACACCAGAAGAAAAAAAGGAACUUGGCCACAAACUAACAUCAUGUCUAACCACCUCUGUCCCACAUUUGAGAAUGACUGGUGGAUCCAAUGAUCCCUCCAAGCGGCGGACAGGAAAACUACCUCGGACAGACAGCGAAUGCCAACUAAAAGCCCCGGGAAUCAAAUUUCUAUCUGGGAAAUAUCCCAAAGUCACAACCCAUGAGGUUACAAUACCUCCUUCCAUAACCUCUACAAACAAACUGAGGGAGAAAUGUGACUUCUUUCCAAAGUUUGAGGAUAAAAAUCCUCUCAGGAACCAAAUAACUCAAACGCUUUAUAGGGAGUCCUCGGCACAGACACUGGCCUUCCUACCAGAGGUGCUUGACAAGGAAAAUGUGAAACCAUUCGAGCUGUUUUCAUUGCCAUCCGUGCUUCCUGGCGACAAGCCACCAGGGCUCUAUGAAGCCGAGGUCCUGGAACGCUCCAGGAAACGCUGGACCUUCAGAGACGCACUCAAGGCCAAUUUGGGGGUCCUUCUCAAAGAUGCCAGAGAAAAAGCCAUAAAGUCGCAGUACAAGCCCCUAUUAGAAGCCUUCGAGUGGGAGCAGUGGAUCGAACGGGAGGAGUACAUACAGGAGUGCCAGAUGAUGCGUCUGGAGAUUGUAAUCAAGAUGUUCGACAAGAGGGAGAAGGAGAUGCACUCCGCCUCCAAGUCACGGAUUGAGAAAGCAUGUGAGGAGAUCGAGAAGCGUCGCCAAGCCGCCUUACAGAAGAACGAGAGGGAGUAUAAUCGGGGAAUGCACCGCUUGGAGAUUUCACUGUCCAAGAGCUCCCGUAAGUGGCAAAGGCAGAGCCCUCUGCAUUCAUUGAGUAACCCGUGCUCCGAGUUUUAUGCGCCACUUAUGAGACACGGAGUCGAUCCAGCCCGUCGAAGCUACGUGCCGAAAACUGAACGCAAGGCAUUCGACAUGAGAAUCGACGAUCUGGAAAAGCAGGUGAACAUGAGUAGUCUGAAAUGUCCCUUCAGAAGUCUUAAAAAGUGGUCCAAGCCAAAGGAGCAUAUGAGGGAGUACGAGCAAAACUUCUGCAAUGAAAAAACUCUGCAGAAGCUGUUUGACACACUGAAAACUUUAAGAACCCAGUCCACUAAGGACAAGGAGGCGCCGAGGUGCCUGCGAAAACGAGUGAAACCCUAUGUACAUUUAGAGCAUUCGCAUUCGCGACUGAACACUCUGGACAACCUUUAUGAAACUCAAAAAAUAGACGUUCACGCAUCGUUCAAGGAGCCACAUAAGCCGCCUUCUGACUGGCGUUUGAAACCCCAAUUGAAUUCUUAUUGCUGCAAUGAUCCCAAAUAUCUUGUGGCGGAGAAUAAUCAAAAGGCCAUAGAGGACAUACUGAACUCCUUCGAGGGCACCUACAUUGGUUGGUAUAUGCAGUUCCUGUCGGAGGAAAUGGCGCGAUUCACGGAACAGCGGAGGUUGCAUAUACUGGCGGUGUUAGCCCAAAAGGAGCGCUGGCGCCGCGAGGCUGCCGAGGCAGGAUUAAGGCAGAGGGAGAAUGACAUACGUAGGCUGUAUGAAGAAAUGUUCCAGAAAACUAGCACGAUCAACCAAAAAGUAUCCAACGACUACAUAAAAAGUAUUCUGACUACAGACAUGCAAAAUUAUGCUCAGGGAGUUGCCGUUGAAAAUACAACACAUCUGGCCAGACAGAUUGACGGCGACAUAGAAAGGUGGCUGGAGAGCUUCAAGUUGAUCCAAAAUCCCCUCACUUUCGUUCCCCUGCGAAUGAUGCUCAAGGACAUGGUUUCCCCGGACUUGGACGAAGUUCUGCGUCACCACGAAAGCUUCAUGGUCGUGAAAUACGUAGUGGAGGAUGUGUUGUUUCCGAAAAUGUGGAAUGGACUAGACAACUUCGAUAUUGCUUUCACGUUAACGAGCGACCUCAUUGACCGGCUGAUUGACAAUGAUCUCUACCUCUUCUCCACGGACAGCGAGAGUGAGACUCCACAGAAGCCAUCCUGGUACGAGGCCGAAGCCAUAAUCAGGAAGCUCAUUCGACAGGCAGUACCAGGAAGACGCUGGAUGGAGCCCAAUGAGCGGAUAGUUCAUGAAAUCUAUAAUAGCCUCGUCGAUAACGUAUUCAUGGAGAUUCUGAACAACAUGGAGCUUGCAUUAUCGACCACCGAAUUAAUUGAACUGUGCUCGUUCCUGUCCCACGGCGACAUUGGCUCUUCGGACGACAUACGAGCGAAGGAAAAUGAAGAUAUGUUCUCAAUAGGAAAUGUCAGCUCAAUGCCGGAUACGGAAUUCAUUCGGUCUAAUAUUCUGAACAUGAUUAAGAAACAGAAGGGUGACAAGAUCACAGGCGAGUUAGAAAACCUGGACCAUUAUAUAACCGAUGAUGUUUCCGUUGGACUCGACACUCUCUUAGGAUCCCAAAUAUAUACACCAGCCGUCAACACGAACCAGGAAAGCAACGAUAUUUUUAGCUUAAAAAGUACUUAUAACAUUUCCGAUCAAAAUCGUUUGAAAAUACUUAAAGGCAGAGGCUACAGAAUAAUGCUCCCCACAAUGACCGAAAUGAUUCCCGACAGGGCAAAGAGGACUUUAAAGGAAAACGAGAAAGAGUCCCUCGAGUUGCAAAAACAGAGAGAUUCCCUCGACUCGGGAAAACAAAGAGAUUCACUUCACUCUGGAAAACUUGACUCAGAAAAAAAGAAAGAAACGCUCGCAUUGGGAAAACAGAAAGACACAUUCGCAUCGUUGGGGAAAAGUCAAGAUUCGCAACAGAAUCAAGAAUCAGCGAAAGAAAAUCAGGAACCAUUAGACAGUCAAAUGGGAAAAACGGAAGAUUCGAAGAUUAGAGAUUAUAAAAGAGAACAAAAUAUAAAUGAACUUGGACCAGACGGCCAGACAGUGGAGAAUAAAUAUGUAGAAGAAGUGAAGCCAUCCGGUUCAGAUGAGGAUCAUAUAAACAAAAAACGAAUGCCACCAGAAUCCGUAAAGAAUCGAAAAGAGGACGGCAAUAACCUCAUUGAAGAAGUUAUCACAGAGGUGUCCACACGUCGGAGCUACGAAAACAUUGCAUUCGACAUUAUUACCCAAAUUUUAGGAAAUGAAUUUCGAGACGAUGAAAGCGAGCUGAAUGAGAACCAAAAUCAAGACGGGUUCUUUACCGUAAAUGUAGAGCACAUUAGUAGGCAAAGUGAUAAAGACAUGCUGGAAAAUAAAUUAAUGCAGCACAUGGACGACCCGGACAUCAAAGAGGGUAACAAAUCAUCCAACUUUAGUUUGGCGUUCAACGCGAAUCAUCGGUUCGGACCCAGCGAGUCUGAUGUUUUGAUUGCUCCAUCUAUAGCGGAUAUGGAGAAAAUCCACGAAACUGAAGGUAAACCAUCAUUAACCGCAGGGCCAUCAGAUCAGUCUACAGUUGUUUACGGACAAAAGGCCACAACUUCGCAACUCAAGAAGUAAAUGAAUAAAAAUCACAUCCGUAUUUUAACAGUCCUAUGCACGUUACAACGAACAUCUUACACAGAAAACAAUAAAAUUUUAUAAGCAUA